AGAUGUUGUUUCAACCACUCGAAAUUGAGUGAAUCUUCAAUUUCGUCCGCUGCAGCCACCGUGAGAAAAGUCACGCAUUCCGGAUCAUCAGCUGGCAGUCUCUUUCUUAGAUUGGGAUGUGUGGUGUUCGGCGUGACCGGUGUCGUUUAUUACGCAUUUCUUGUGUUCCUGUGCAGUUCCGAUGUGAACUGCUCCCGUUGGUCGACUGCUUUGGAUGUGUGCGCUAUCGUUUUUAUAUUCACACAGAUGCACUUCAUUUUCUGUAAUUCAAAGGUCAGCUUUCUGUCUAUCACUGGGCACCACACCGCAGCACGAUUCGGUACCAUGCAUUUGAUGGCAGCCAAUUUGUGGACAUGGAUUCGAUAUGUGUUAAUGGAGGAAGGAGUCAUGGAGAAAGAAAUAAGAGACGUGUUCAAGACGAUAAGUAAUCGCACUGAACUAGAAAUGGACGAAGCAUCAGUUGACGCCUUUGAACAUCGAGAUAUCCAUGUCACGGGUAGUUGCCGUGCCGCUGAAUGUAUACUAGGUACACUCUCCUCAGACGCUCACAUUCAUCGUAAUACACGUUUACAAGUGUACGGUUGGGAUCAAGCUGGAAGGGCGAGGUGUCAUAGAUCGGUCAGGCUGUUCACCGACACAGCGGCGGAAAGCCAGCAGUAG